ACUGAUCUGCAUACACAUAUAUAUGGGUGUUUAUCUGAAUGUCUUACUUUUCUCUAAAGAAAUUUUUAAGUGAAUUAUCAAAGAAAUGUAUCCCUUUCUUUAUUCAUCACUCUUAGUAUCAUGGAAGUGUUUAUUGCUAGUUUCUUGUGUCAGUGGGAUGAUGAACGAGACAUUAAGAAACAAGUUUUUAAAGCUUCAUAAUGAUGUCAGACAAGCAGUUCGAAAUGGUCAGAUUGAUUCACAACCUAUAGCUGUUUCCAUUGGACCAUUGAAAUAUAAUUUAGAAUUGGAGAAAAAAGCACAAAUGUUGUCAGAUGAAUGUCGUGUUGGACAUGAUUCAGCUGAAGAAAGACAGAUUCCAUUAUUUCCGUAUGUUGGACAAAAUUGGGCAGGUGCAGCGAAUGUAGAAAUUGGAUUCAAAAGGUGGUUGGAUGGACAUGAACAUUAUGAUUACUUCAGAAGUUAUUGUGCUGAAGGUGAAUGCAAUUCGUAUACACAGAUUGUCUGGGAAACGACUACUGAUCUUGGAUGUAGUGUCACUAAAUGCUCGAAUUCCCUUUAUGAACUAAGCAUUGUGUGCAAUUACGCACCUGGCGGAUAUUACAUUGCGCGUAAACCAUACAAAACAAACACAACUGAAUAUGAACAUAAAAAAGUUAUGGAAAAUAGUAGCCAAAAUAAAAAAAAUCAAAUAAGAAAAACAACCACGACAAAAACAGACGCAAGCGAAACAAAUACAAAAAAUGUUACAACUAAAAGAACAACCCAAAACGCCUUCCCAUCAUACACAUAUUAUAAUCGAACACACAACAGAACAUCCACGAGACGUCGACGAGUGAAUUCCGGAGGAGAUGGAGGCGCCAUCUGGGUAACACAGGUCUUCUCCAAUGGAACUGGUCAAGACGCCUUCCCAUCAUACACAUAUUAUAAUCGAACACACAACAGAACAUCCACGAGACGUCGACGAGUGAAUUCGGGAGGAGAUGGAGGCGCCACCUGGGUAACACAGGUCUUCUCCAAUGGAACUGGUCAAGACGCCUUCCCAUCAUACACAUAUUAUAAUCGAACACACAACAGAACAUCCACGAGACGUCGACGAGUGAAUUCGGGAGGAGAUGGAGGCGCCACCUGGGUAACACAGGUCUUCUCCAAUGGAACUGGUCAAGACGCCUUCCCAUCAUACACAUAUUAUAAUCGAACACACAACAGAACAUCCACGAGACGUCGACGAGUGAAUUCCGGAGGAGAUGGAGGCGCCAUCUGGGUAACACAGGUCUUCUCCAAUGGAACUGGUCAAGACGCCUUCCCAUCAUACACAUAUUAUAAUCGAACACACAACAGAACAUCCACGAGACGUCGACGAGUGAAUUCGGGAGGAGAUGGAGGCGCCAUCUGGGUAACACAGGUCUUCUCCAAUGGAACUGGUCAAGACGCCUUCCCAUCAUACACAUAUUAUAAUCGAACACACAACAGAACAUCCACGAGACGUCGACGAGUGAAUUCGGGAGGAGAUGGAGGCGCCAUCUGGGUAACACAGGUCUUCUCCAAUGGAACUGGUCAAGACGCCUUCCCAUCAUACACAUAUUAUAAUCGAACACACAACAGAACAUCCACGAGACGUCGACGAGUGAAUUCGGGAGGAGAUGGAGGCGCCACCUGGGUAACACAGGUCUUCUCCAAUGGAACUGGUCAAGACGCCUUCCCAUCAUACACAUAUUAUAAUCGAACACACAACAGAACAUCCACGAGACGUCGACGAGUGAAUUCCGGAGGAGAUGGAGGCGCCAUCUGGGUAACACAGGUCUUCUCCAAUGGAACUGGUCAAGACGCCUUCCCAUCAUACACAUAUUAUAAUCGAACACACAACAGAACAUCCACGAGACGUCGACGAGUGAAUUCGGGAGGAGAUGGAGGCGCCAUCUGGGUAACACAGGUCUUCUCCAAUGGAACUGGUCAAGACGCCUUCCCAUCAUACACAUAUUAUAAUCGAACACACAACAGAACAUCCACGAGACGUCGACGAGUGAAUUCGGGAGGAGAUGGAGGCGCCAUCUGGGUAACACAGAUCUUCUCCAAUGGAACUGGUCAAGACGCCUUCCCAUCAUACACAUAUUAUAAUCGAACACACAACAGAACAUCCACGAGACGUCGACGAGUGAAUUCGGGAGGAGAUGGAGGCGCCACCUGGGUAACACAGGUCUUCUCCAAUGGAACUGGUCAAGACGCCUUCCCAUCAUACACAUAUUAUAAUCGAACACACAACAGAACAUCCACGAGACGUCGACGAGUGAAUUCCGGAGGAGAUGGAGGCGCCAUCUGGGUAACACAGGUCUUCUCCAAUGGAACUGGUCAAGACGCCUUCCCAUCAUACACAUAUUAUAAUCGAACACACAACAGAACAUCCACGAGACGUCGACGAGUGAAUUCGGGAGGAGAUGGAGGCGCCACCUGGGUAACACAGGUCUUCUCCAAUGGAACUGGUCAAGACGCCUUCCCAUCAUACACAUAUUAUAAUCGAACACACAACAGAACAUCCACGAGACGUCGACGAGUGAAUUCCGGAGGAGAUGGAGGCGCCAUCUGGGUAACACAGGUCUUCUCCAAUGGAACUGGUCAAGACGCCUUCCCAUCAUACACAUAUUAUAAUCGAACACACAACAGAACAUCCACGAGACGUCGACGAGUGAAUUCGGGAGGAGAUGGAGGCGCCAUCUGGGUAACACAGGUCUUCUCCAAUGGAACUGGUCAAGACGCCUUCCCAUCAUACACAUAUUAUAAUCGAACACACAACAGAACAUCCACGAGACGUCGACGAGUGAAUUCGGGAGGAGAUGGAGGCGCCAUCUGGGUAACACAGGUCUUCUCCAAUGGAACUGGUCAAGACGCCUUCCCAUCAUACACAUAUUAUAAUCGAACACACAACAGAACAUCCACGAGACGUCGACGAGUGAAUUCGGGAGGAGAUGGAGGCGCCACCUGGGUAACACAGGUCUUCUCCAAUGGAACUGGUCAAGACGCCUUCCCAUCAUACACAUAUUAUAAUCGAACACACAACAGAACAUCCACGAGACGUCGACGAGUGAAUUCCGGAGGAGAUGGAGGCGCCAUCUGGGUAACACAGGUCUUCUCCAAUGGAACUGGUCAAGACGCCUUCCCAUCAUACACAUAUUAUAAUCGAACACACAACAGAACAUCCACGAGACGUCGACGAGUGAAUUCGGGAGGAGAUGGAGGCGCCACCUGGGUAACACAGGUCUUCUCCAAUGGAACUGGUCAAGACGCCUUCCCAUCAUACACAUAUUAUAAUCGAACACACAACAGAACAUCCACGAGACGUCGACGAGUGAAUUCGGGAGGAGAUGGAGGCGCCACCUGGGUAACACAGGUCUUCUCCAAUGGAACUGGUCAAGACGCCUUCCCAUCAUACACAUAUUAUAAUCGAACACACAACAGAACAUCCACGAGACGUCGACGAGUGAAUUCGGGAGGAGAUGGAGGCGCCAUCUGGGUAACACAGGUCUUCUCCAAUGGAACUGGUCAAGACGCCUUCCCAUCAUACAAAUAUUAUAAUCGAACACACAACAGAACAUCCACGAGACGUCGACGAGUGAAUUCAGGAGGAGAUGGAGGCGCCAUCUGGGUAACACAGGUCUUCUCCAAUGGAACUGGUCAAGACGCCUUCCCAUCAUACACAUAUUAUAAUCGAACACACAACAGAACAUCCACGAGACGUCGACGAGUGAAUUCGGGAGGAGAUGGAGGCGCCACCUGGGUAACACAGGUCUUCUCCAAUGGAACUGGUCAAGACGCCUUCCCAUCAUACACAUAUUAUAAUCGAACACACAACAGAACAUCCACGAGACGUCGACGAGUGAAUUCGGGAGGAGAUGGAGGCGCCACCUGGGUAACACAGGUCUUCUCCAAUGGAACUGGUCAAGACGCCUUCCCAUCAUACACAUAUUAUAAUCGAACACACAACAGAACAUCCACGAGACGUCGACGAGUGAAUUCCGGAGGAGAUGGAGGCGCCACCUGGGUAACACAGGUCUUCUCCAAUGGAACUGGUCAAGACGCCUUCCCAUCAUACACAUAUUAUAAUCGAACACACAACAGAACAUCCACGAGACGUCGACGAGUGAAUUCGGGAGGAGACCAAUGGAGUCUAGGCAUAUCAAGAGGUCUGUAUAGACGCCCGUGGUCGUCUAAGUCCUAUGUACGUCGUGCUUUAACUGUUUCUUAUUUGUAUUCGCUGUUUCCUAAUCCACUCAGCCGAUUUUGUAUGUGAUUUCCAUAUGGGUUUUCUUGGAUAUAAUUGCUCAAUAGAUGUGAUUCCUGGUUUUCAUUUUAGUGUUAAAUACUUCGUUUUUAGUUAUUUUCUCAUUAGUCCUACGAAAUUCUUUGCGUAUGAUUUAUUCUAUUCACUUACAUGCUGCAUAUGUAAUUGUUUUUUCUCAAUAGAUUUAAUGGAGAUUUUUCUGUCAUUUGCUUUCUUUUGUUUGUUUUCUUUAUUCACCAGUUAGAUGCAGAUUCACUUACUUUAUUACAGUUAAUUGAAUUUUUUAUCAUAGUUUAACUAAACUUUUCACUGUUUAUCUUAUAUCACUUCUUGAGACAAUUGAAAUGCUGUCAUUCAAUGGUGUAAUGGAAUACAACUGAAUUUGCUGUUUUGACAGGUAUUUAUUUGUUUCUAUAGCAAAUCACUGAAAACAAUGUAUUUAAAUGCUAAUUUUUUUUGAAGACAAACAUUUUCGUUAAAUGCCAUAUUUCCUUUCAUAUAAUGCUUUAUGAGUAAUAUCUUCAUUAUACACCUUCCGCAUAUCAUAAGCCUGAAUGAUCGAAUUUUGCGUGACUGUAUAUCUGAAGAGUAAGUAGUGGAAGAUAGGCAUUGCAGACUGAAAUUUUGAAGAUGCAGAUUAUCUAUCUAAAUAUAUGGUGAAUGUACUCAUGCU